ACACACACACACACACACACACACACACACAGCACACACCCCGCACAACCACAGCGUUGAGUUGUCCUGCCCCUCGCAACUGGCUCGUAAUUAAAAACGCUUGAUGACAAUUUUGCCAACAUUUCGUGUGCAUUUCCUCGCCUGGCAGCGUUUUUGCCAGCAACCAAAAUGCAGCACAAACUUUCGAAGGCAGCAACCGACAACAACAAGCAACAACCAACAAAAAGCAACAACAACAAGCACUUCAUCAGCUACAACAAUAGCGACAGCAGCUACAACAAUUUCAGCGCCAUUUCAGAUAAGCACAGUGGCACACACAUGUGCAGAAAAGGACUGUGCUUGGAACGAAGAGUCGAGCAGACGGCACAAAAAGGCCACCAGGACAAGGAGGACAACCUGGACACGUGCUCGACACCAACAACUGGCACAAGCCACUGACCAGCGGGCGAGACGUUGCCAACGUGACGAGCUGAACCACCAGCUGCAGGAGUGGAAGGAGCUAGGCAAGGGGGGAAGAAGUGGCCAAUAAAAAAGCUAACGAAAUGCUGAUGCCGCUUGCAGUCGACAGGCGAACUCGGCAACAACAACAAAAACAACCGAAGCAACCGCAUUAAAAACAAAACUGGAAAAGUUGAACCCAGUCCGUAGAAGGGGACAGCCAGAGUAAAAGUUCCAAAUUUGCCAGACAGAGUCCACGUAGAGCUGCUCGUCGCUUUGUGGCCGCAUCCGGAACUGUGAGCAGCAGUUGCCGUUGCCGGAAUUUGAUUUUAACGCAUUCUCAGAGCCGCGCCAUAUCAAAACCGAGCUCAGGCCCAAACGGAACAGUCUCGUCUGUGCCUCCGGAAAUUUCAAUGGCAACACAUUGAAAUUGGCUGUCACAGAGCCAAAGGGGAAUCCAGCUCCACGCGGGCAUUCAUGCGGGAGAUCCGCUGGAAUGAGCGCCAAUUGUGGCGUCACAUGCACUGACAAGCUAUUAACUGCACGUCUGGCACCCAAAUAAGCAUCCCCAUCACGAAACAGCUAAAACUAAAGGGCGAGAAGAGGAAGUGCUCCUCAUGCUAAGUAUGGCCGCCAGCCGCAGCUCGCUGCUGCAGCUGCUUUGUAUCUCUUCGAUCACUUGGCAGCUACCUUUGGUCAGCGGAUAUCUAAACAUUUUUAUCAGCCACCACGAGGUGAUGAAACUGAUGGGGCUGGAGGCGGAUUUGUUCUACGUGCACGAGGGAGCCAUUAACACAUACGCGAUGCACUUCACCGUUCCCGUCCCGGCAGAUGUGCACGAGCUGGAAUUCUCCUGGCAGAGUCUCAUUGCUUAUCCGCUGCGCUACACAAUCAGCAUCGAAUAUGCCAACGACCAGGACGCACUGGGUACACCCACGCUGAGCAUUCCACACAAGGGUCUGGUGCCGCAGGAGAUCGAGUCCUUCCUGGUCUACCUGCCCUGCACUGGCAACGCCAGCCUUCAACUGCCGGUCAAUGUCAACAUGGUAGUGCAGGGACCUCCCCGCUUCAACGACACCCGGCUCCACUUCAAGCGCAACAAGAUCUGUGCCAAGGGCAUCUCACCCGAACCAAAUCAGUCGCCGGCCCCAGCCAACGCCCCUUCCCAGGGACCGGCUCUGAUGAAUGCUGCUGCCUGCGCUCUGGGCCUGGUCUUAGCCGUAGGCCUCGUGGCUAGCAUGAUGUAUGUGCGGGCUCGCAAGCAGCUGCGCCAGGACUCGCUACACACCAGCUUCACCACAGCGGGUUAUGGCAGUCAUCAGAAUGUGUUCAUUCGCCUUGAUCCUUUAGGUCGACCGCCGAGUGCCACCGGAUCCUACGCGACCAUCGCCAGCCUCAACAAAUAUCCAGCGGAGACCAAAAAGUCCUGCAGCAUAUUCGACCGGUUCCGCAGCUCGCCCACACCCACACCCUACGCCACCGCCCUGCUGCCAAUGGGAGACCAGGGUGGAGAAACCAUUUACUCAAAGCCAGAAUCAGUCUGUCCCUCAAGAAUAUCCUACUACGCCUCCUCCCAGCUAACUCAGAAAUGAUCGACGCAAACAUCGGCAGCAUUUGCGACAAGUUGGCAGAACCAGAUGAAAAAAAAAAUCAUAUUAACGGCAGCACGAAUGGGGUGGAAUGCGGAAUGCAGAAGAACGCGACGCUUGUGUUUUUUCGCUGGCAUCUAAAAAAAAAA